AGUGAUAGCAAGCCUUGCCAACAUCUUGGGAUAUCUAGAAGAGAGGCUACCACAGAAUCUACCGAACAAUGUACGUGACUACGCAUUCCUCGACAUAGAAAUUAAAUACGGUCUACUACAGAUAACAGAAGCGCUGACAUUUCUGCACUACUCUUGCAAGCUGAUCCACCGGAAUCUCUGCCCACAAUCGGUGAUAGUGAAUAAGCGAGGCACAUGGAAGUUAGCCGGACUGGAGUUUGCCGAGAGGUGCAACGAAUCAGAUAUAAUGAGUCCAGUGCCUUGCCAACCCUUCACCUCAAAGUUACCCAAAAUGGGACAGCCUGACCUGGACUUCACGGCACCGGAAGUGCAGGCCAACUCCACCUGCUCACCCCUCAGCGACAUGUUCUCACUGGGAAUGCUCAUAUGUGCUGUCUUCAACAACGGACGCUCACUCAUAGACGCCAACCAUUCUGCCACUAACUACAACAAGCAACUCGAGCUGCUAUUAUUUUUGCAGUACAUGAAGAUGUCAGGGGAGGACCGAAAAGACAAUCGUCUGCGAUCCUGUGCCCUCUACCAAUUAGAACACAGUAUUCAAGACUUGCUGGAGAGGGUUCCACACCAUUUACAGGAACCACUGCAGAGCCUUUUACAGACGGACCCUUGGAACAGACCCAACGCCCAAAAUUUUUCUAUGAUCAAGUACUUCAUGGAUCCAGCAGUUCAUGCUUUGCAAUACUUAGACGUGAUACAAAUGAAAGAUACCACACAUAAAUCUCAUUUCUACCUUAGUCUCAAAUCCGCUCUACCCACCAUCCCAAAAUGAUGCCAGCUUUCGAAAACCAAUUUUACCGAAAAUAAAUGUAUUCCAUUUUCCACCAAAUGCCACGCUCAGUCGGACAAAGCUUUUGCCAGGAAAUGAUAAAAAUCGAUAUUAUCUAAUAUCGUGGGGCGGAAUGUAAGUCUGCUGACCAUGUGACAGCUCAUCCUUGAAAUGUCCGGUCGUCAUUUGACAGUACUUCACUUAUCUCUAAACGUUUCAAUGAAUUCUGUUCAACUUGAAUAGUUAGGAUCAGCAUUCAGCCAUUACAAAAGAAAGGAACUUUACGAACUAGUCAUUCCAAAAUGAAAAUAUCGUUGUUUGAAUCGAUUAUUUAACUGCAUCAAAUAUCGU